ACGCGCAGUGGGCGCGAGCCUCACGCUUCCGGGUUCGGAGGAGGCGGGGCCACGUUAUGAGGAAGGGGCGGGGCUGCGUGCCUUCGGCGGUCACCAUGACGACAGGACGAGAUGGAGACCAAGAGAGAGAGCCCGUGAACAGGGGGAGGGACAGAAGGAGAGAGAGAUUCUCAAGCAGCCCAUCAUGGAGCCUGACACAGGCGCAGCUCCAUCCCACCACCCAGAGAUCAUGACCUGAGCCGAAACUAGAGUCGGAUGCUUAACCGACUGAGCCUCCUAGGCGCCCCUGCUUGCAGUUCUUUCUAGACUGCCCUCCUCAUAUCACUUCUCUAAAUGAUAUCCAUUCUUCAAUGCCAAGUUCAGAUAUCUUCCCAGAAGGCUCGAGCUCUUGCCUGAAUGGAUUUAAUGUGUUUUUCCAUGUGGUGCCUCCUUAAUGUUCUUUGGGAACUGCUGCUUCUCAUAGUUUGGAAUUAUUGAGGAAAGUUGUCUGAUUAUGCAUCAACAUUGACAAAUUCACCUGUGUGUUGAAUAGAAAAGAGAGAGGCAAAGAGGAAUUGAGAGACUGUAUUUCAGUGAUUCUGCUCAUCUAACUGAAGAGGGGGAGAUGAGACCCCAAACCUUCCACGCCUUCAAUCAAGUUUUGUUCCAGUAUCCUCUAUGACAGAAGUUUUUUGCUGUAACUUCCAAAAUGUAGACUAUUAAAAGAAUCCAUUAACUUCCAGGAAACUUUUGGAAAUACAUAAUCUGCAAACAACUAUACGCAAAUAAACAAAAUGACAAGAGGUUCUUCAUUUCGUAUAUGCAAAUGAUACUACAAAGCCCUCCAAGGACAUGGCUUAUGGAAUCAUAACCUUACAGGUAGAAAAGGCUUCCGCUUCCAGGCAGGCCAGAAACAUUGACAAGUUUCAGGGAGCUGGAGAAGAGACUUGGAAAUGGAUGACCAAACCUGGGGUCUUCAGGGCUUUGCCCAGAGGCUGGAACCUAGGAAGCCAGGAGGGCACCUGGGGAGCCAAGAGACCUAAGGAUUUCGUUGGCAGAAACGUAUCCCAACCAGGAGCAGGGGGCAUGGACCACAGUGAGGGGGUCAUCCAAGCCCCAGCCGAUACCACGGUGCCUCAGGAACUGCUGGAAGAAAUGCUUUGGUUUUUUCGCGUGGAAGAUGCAUCUCCUUGGAAUUAUUCCAUCUUUGCCCUGGUGGGUGUGAUGGGCGUGAUAAGCUUCGUCCUCCUGGGAAGGAGCAUCCAGGCAAACAGAAAUAAAAAACUCCUGGGGAAAAACAAACCAGAACUCCAAGACUUGGCAGAGGCUGAAACCAGAGAUGACAAUAACCUGAACAUCCUAAGAGAGACUUUGCUCUCAGAAGAGCACAAUUUAGCCCAGGUGGCAAUUGAGUCAAAAGAGGCAGAUGCGCCACUGGCUCUCCUUCCAGAUCCACAAGAAUCGGAGACCUAGUAAGAGAUCAGAGCCCUGCCCCAUGUUGCCAGCAGAUAAGAUGGACGAACUGCAAUCAAACUAAUAUUCUGUUAUGGGGGGAAAAAACACUUUUUAUUAAAAGGUUUCUGGAA